AAUAUUGCUUCGUUGUCUCUUCUGUUCUUUCGGCUUUUAUCUCCGCCAUCACAGACGUAAAGAAGGUUGAAACAAUCAUCGCGGCCUCCUCCUCUGAUUUCCGUCUUUCCCAGGAUCUGAAGCUUCCCUGCUACUCUUAGAUUUCGCAGAUCUGCCAUGGAUUUCAUGAAGGUUUUCGAUCAAACUGUCCGUGAAAUAAAGAGGGAGGUGAAUUUGAAGGUCUUGAAGGUUCCGGAAAUCGAACAGAAGGUGCUGGAUGCAACAGAUGAUGAACCAUGGGGUCCUCAUGGAUCUGCACUGGCAGAAAUAGCGCAAGCUACAAAGAAAUUUUCUGAAACUCAGAUGGUUAUGAGUGUUCUCUGGACAAGAUUGAGUGAAACUGGUAAGAAUUGGCGUCUUGUCUAUAAGGCUUUGGCUGUAAUAGAAUAUUUGGUGUCGCAUGGAUCUGAACGUGCAGUGGAUGACAUUAUUGAACAUACUUUCCAGAUAUCUUCACUCUCGAAUUUUGAAUAUGUUGAGCCAAGUGGCAAGGACAUGGGGAUAAAUGUCAGGAAGAAGGCCGAAACUAUUGUUGCCCUUUUGAAUGAUAAAGAUAAAAUACAAGAAGUGAGAAAUAAAGCUGCUGCAAAUCGUGAAAAGUACUUUGGACUUUCAUCUACUGGGAUUACUUACAAGUCAGGCUCAGCCUCGUAUGGCAGCAGUAGCUUUAGCAGUGAUAGUUAUCAAGGUCAGAGUAGCUUUAGAAGCGAUAGAUUUCGUGAUAGGAGCAGCGACAGGGAUUCAUUUAGGAAGGAAAAAGAAGAUCAGGAUGACUUUAAAAGGUCAAAUUGGUCUACUAAGCAGGAUUAUAGCAAGGGUUCUGCACAAAACAGCAGCAAGGAUCAAAGUAAAACAUCAUCGGGAACAUCGAAGUUCUCAAAAAAGUCAAAUGACUCUGCAAAUAAGGGUGUCUCCUUCAGUUCUAGUCCCCAAACAAAUAAUUCUGACGAAGAUUUUGAUGAUUUUGAUCCUCGUGGGAAUUCCACCACCACCACCACAAAAGCUGCUGUACCAAGCCCCAAUGGAGUGGAUCUUUUUGAAGAUAGUUUAAUUGGAGAUCUCAUGGAUGCUCCAACACUUGUUCCUCCUGGAAAGCCUGACAGCAAUUCUCCGGAGGUCGAUCUGUUUGCAGAUGCUACUUUUGUAUCAGCCUCACCGCCAAUGGAAAAGGAACCGAAUUCCUCACUAAAGGCUGAGGUUGAUCUAUUCGCUUCACAACCUGCUUCAGUUUCUACACCAGUUGACUUUUUUGGCUCUCCUGAGCCGGUUGUGCAAACAGGCACCAACUUUGCCGGUGCAGCAAGAGACAGUAAAGCUUCACAACCUGGGUCACUUUCUGCAACAUUCGACUUUUUUGCCUCUUCUGAGCCGAUUGUCCAAACAGAAACGAACUUUGCUGGUGCAGCAAGAGACAUAAAAGCUUCAAAACCUGCUUCUGUUUCUGCACCAAUUGACAUUUUUGCCUCUCCAGGGCCAGUUUUGCAAACAGAAACCAUUGCUAGCACAGCAACAAACAGUAAAGUUGUGGAUCCUUUUGCUGCUCUUCCACUUAACUCUUUUGAUGGGUCGGAUCUUUUCGGUGCACCCUCUUCCCAUUCUGAACCAGUGUCAUCAGUAGAGCCUUCGCAAAAUCCUGUUAGUUGCCCAUCUAAUAAUCCAGAUGGAAAAUCUAUCAACAGUUCAUCAGCUCCAGCGAAGAAGAAUACUUUCCAGGUUAAAUCUGGGAUUUGGGCAGAUUCACUAAGUCGAGGACUGAUUGAUCUUAAUAUCUCGGCUCCCAAGAAGGUUUCCCUGGUAGACGUCGGUGUUAUGGGCGGACUGAGCGAUUUCUCAGACGAGCUGGUGAAAGGACCAGCACCUACUUAUCACAUGGGGCAAGCAAUGGGUGCAGGAUCUGGUCUUGGUAGGACGGGAUCGCAGGCGAUGGGAGAUGAUUUCUUUUCGCAACUUUCGGGUCAGCAAUACCAAUUUGGCGCUUUCCAGAAGUAAUCUGUUCUUUCACCUGUACCUCCUUUUUCUUCCUGUCAAUCUGCGAAGAGUUUGUGGGAAAACCUCGAGCGUUUUGGUGGCUUUUGUGGAGACGCCACAUAUUAUUUGAUUCGAGGAAAUGCCUUGAAUAAUAUAACAUCGUUGCUGCGUUUCUUGUGGUCCUAUAUCUUACUGUGAAUGAAGGAAUAGUGUUUUGGUUGCUGCGUUUCUUGUGGUUCUAUAUCUUACUGUGAAUGAAGGAAUAGUGUGUUUUUUAUUUAAUAUGUUGCCGAAGUAAGACUUGAGCAAUUUGACUCCUAAAAAGGGACAGAAAGUGAUUGCAAUACAUUACCCAUAAAUGAUUGUGAUGUUA